AUGAUUGGUGUUGAAUGUCGAGUCUGCUGUGAGAGGCGCUUAAAGGUUGUUAAGACAUUAGACCGAGGGGUGAACCUACUGGGGAGGGGAGAGAGAAAGCUUCCAGCCGAUUAUGAUCCUGUGACUUUUGAUCCUACUGAGCAUCGUAGUCCUCCAUCAGAAAGGGUAUGGAGGCUCGUUGAUGAAGUAUCAGGACUUACCCUGGUCGAAGUUACAGAAGUGUCUUCGAUUAUUAUGAAGAGGUUGGGCAUGACAGAGCAACCAACGGUUGGAGUUAUGAAGGCAGGGGCUGCUGAAUUGGCAGCAGCUAUGAAGGGACCAGAAGCAGCUAAGGAGGAAAAGAAACCGGAGAAAACUGUUUUUGAACUUAAACUGGAGUCAUUCGAGUCAGCUCAAAAGAUAAAGAUAAUCAAAGAGGUUCGCAGUUCUACUGAUUUGGGACUCAAGGAAGCGAAGGACUUAGUCGAGAAGACUCCUGCUGUUUUCAAGAAGGGAGUAUCAAAGGAAAAAGCCGAACAAAUAAUUGACAAGAUGAAAGCUGUUGGAGCAAAAAUGGCGAAGACUCAACCCUCUUCGAGAAAAAGAAGAAUGGACGAGGCUAUCGAAGAUCCAGACAAGAUAUGCACCUCUUCAAGAAUGAUGAAAAACAAAUCCAUCAACUUUCAUAUGAGAACUGGUAAUUGUACCCAAUUCAUAAACGAACAGGACGGACAAGUGACGAUUAGCCGAGGGGCUCUUGGACCUAAGGAAAUAGAUUGUAGCUGGGUACAAAUAGAUCGGAACGAGUAG